CAAGAAUCAAUCCACCUGAACGUCAAUUCUUCUUGAUAUAUUUGCAGUAAAAAAUGGUAAUCUCAGAAGAUGUGCAUUGCGUCUUUCCGAGAUUGCUCGUAAUUUAUCGACAUAUAAUUCCGUCGAUCCUCUCGCCUAGGCGGGGUCAAUCAAUAGCAUUGCAACAACCACAUCAUAUCGUGUGAUCAUAUAUACUUGGCCGCUUAUAACAUUUACUUCUUCCAUGCCCCAACCUAUGCAAGUUUCAAAAAUGGGCAUAGUCGGAUGGUAUGCUUCAACCCAAGGAUGCAAUGGUUCGAUGUAAGUGAAGGCCCAAUUAUACACGUGAUACAGCCGCUAGCCCGCCAAACCAUCGAGACAGCUCGAAAAUCUUCAAGACGCUUCCUCAGACGCCCGCCCGCGACGACUCUUUGAAUUGAGCAAUCCUCAGCCAACCGCAAUCACAAAAAUGGCCAUGUCUUGUCGGUACGCUGCCCAGAGCUGUGCUCGCCACCUCCGAUCCGCUCGCGCUACCCGGGCACCCACACAGCUCGUCAAAGUCUCAGCUGCCUCGAGGAGAUGGAACUCAACCGAUGCCGCCAACCCCAAGAUCGAAGCCAUUGUCGAUCAGAUCAGCCAGCUUACUCUCUUGGAGACCGCUGACCUUGUUUCAAGCCUCAAGACCAAGCUCAACAUUCCUGAUAUGCCCAUAGGCGGCUUCGCUGCUGCUGCUCCCGCUGCUGCUCCUGCCGCCGCCGAAGAAGCUGAGGAGGCUGCUCCUGCUGCCGCCGAGAAGACGCUCUUCACCCUCAAGUUGCAAGGGUUCGAUGCCCCAUCCAAAGCCAAGGUCAUCAAGGAGAUCAAGAACAUGCUCGGUCUGAGCUUGGUGGAUAGCAAGAAGUUCGUCGAGAGUGCGCCCAAGAUGAUGAAGGAGAACGUCCCGAAAGAAGAUGCUGAGAAGAUUAUCGCCGCCAUGAAGGAGUUGGGCGCCACUGUGGUUAUGGAGUAAAAUUGUUGGAUCUCUGGGACACAACGACUGGCGACUUGGCACGAUAGAUGGCUGGAUUGCAUGUGUAUAAACAUCUGUACUAGUAUCUAACAAUAUGUACCCUUAGAAAGGCCCAUUCAGUGGUGGGCUCUUUUUAAUUAUGAUAUCAUAUUGAACAAAUGUAUUGUUCAUCUACAU